AUGGAAACAAAGGCGAAUACAUGCGUCGAUGUCAACGAAAUACUCAAACAAUUCAAUGAUUGGACAGUUCUUCUCGAAGUCCGAUUCGCCUACUCAUCUCUUUACGCAUUCAUUUUCGUCACCGGUGUUAUUGGAAAUGGCCUAUUAAUCUCAUCAAUAUUGCUCAGAAAAAAGAUGACCGUCGCCAAUAUUUUUCUAAUCAAUCUCGCUGUUUCCGAUUUGCUUCUUUGCAUCACAGCAUUACCAAUUACUCCAGUGUUGGCAUUCAUUAAACGAUGGAUGUUUGGAAUAUUCAUGUGCAAAUUGGUGCCUGCGUGUCAGGCAUUUUCAGUUCUCAUUUCAUCAUGGUCCCUUUGCUACAUCGCUAUCGAUCGCUAUCGAAGCAUUGUGACCCCAUUACGAGAACCAUGGUCCGACAGGCAUGCCAGGGGCCUUCUGACAGGCACUUGGGCUAUUGCAUUCUUCGCAUCAUAUCCUUUAUAUUAUUCGCAAAAUCUAAAGACAAUGGUGAUAGAGAAUGUGACACUUUGCGGAGACUUUUGUGGUGAAUUCAAUUGGCAAUCCGAUCAGCCUUCAAAGCUCAUCUACACCACAAGCCUACUCAUUAUUCAACUAAUCAUCCCAGCGAUUAUUAUGUCGUUUUGCUAUUGGAAAAUAUUGCAAAAGGUUCGAACGGACUGGCUUGUUGAAGAAGGAUCGAUGCUAACUGCAGCUCAACAGGCUCAAACCGCUGUGCGAAAGCGUCGAGUAAUGUAUGUUCUGAUUCUGAUGGUCAUCGUCUUCAUGGCAUGUUGGAUCCCAUUAUCGGCCGUGAAUUUUUUCAGAGACCUCGGAAUGAAGUUCGGCUUAUUUCAAAACGUGUACAAAGUGGUUAUGAUGGAUCAAAUGUACUUCAAACUGUUGAAUGUGCACGUCAUCGCGAUGACAUCAAUCGUAUGGAAUCCGGUUUUGUAUUUCUGGAUGAGCAAGAGGCACAGAAGAGCUCUUAAGGAUGACAUGACAUGGCUGACAAAUGCUCGUCGUCACACCAAUGUUGGUGUACUGUCACGCUUCACACCAUCACCAUCAGUGUCUGUGGUAUAUCGACGAAAUUUAGAACGCCAUUUGGGCGGAGGAAAUCAUUUCAGACGCGGCACACUAGCCGAUCCGACGUGCACUUCAAGGGAACGGGGAAUUCCGCAGGAAUUGCAGUCUAAUUGUUUCCUAUUGGUCCCGCUAAUGCCACUGUGCCAAUCGGUGACGAGAAAAAACAGCCAUUUGGCGAUUAACCGCGAUGGAAUUGUGAUUCCACAGACGAAUGGAAGCCGACGGCCAAGCAGCGCGAAUACAAAUUCAACAAAAGAUUGGUAA